AGCCGAAGAUGUCGGCUCGGUCAUGUGAUCAGCUGUGUCCAAUCACAGCUGAUCACAUGGCACUGAUUAUCUGUGUGCCCUGAUGAUCAGUGUAGCCCCAGCAGUGCCACCUGUCAGUGUCCAUCAGUGCCUUGUGUCAGUGCUCAUCAGUGCCUCGUGCCAGUGCCUAUCAGUGCACAUCAAUGCCACAUAUUAGUGCCCAUCUGAGCUGCCUUUCGGUGUCACCCAUCAGUGCCAGUCAGUGCCACCUAUCAAUGCCAGUCAGUGCCACCUGUCAGUGCCGCCUAUCAGUGCCAUGUAUCAGUGCUGCCUUUCAGUGCCCAUCAGUGAUGCCUGUCAAUGCCCAUCAGUGCCAC